AUGUUUGGAGAACAUGAACUGAAUUUCAAGAAGGAUGACGUUGCCUCUAGCAGCGGUUACACUGAAGACAAACUGCAAUAUAGAGUCAACAGCUACAUCCUGGAGGAUUAUAGACAAUUGCCAAUUGGCUUGAAGGAAUUGAAGAAUAAUGAUAGCUCAUUCCCAGUGGCGGUACCUGUAGCUGGCGAGGAUAAAGGCGCUGAUAGUUUUCCAUCUUCAAGAAGAAAUCAAAGUAUCAGCGAAGGCACUCCAUUUACUUUGCUAAAUACUGACAGCAUUACUGCUGCUAUUGUCAAGCAACUCAAGUUAAGCAACAAAUUCAUGGAAAACAUUUCACGUCGUCCGUCCCACGUUAUUGAACAGAUGAAAUUGGACAAAGAGCGUGAAAUAUUGUUGGACGAUCGUCGUAGAAACGGUCAAAGUAUUGGUCAAUCGCUACCCCUGGAUCAAAAAGUUAGUACAUCCCUGAAACCGAGCACUGGAUCUGGAACGGAUGGGCAAUCCCCCAUCAUUGACAGAAUUAUGGACAAACACCCUAUAGCGUUUGAUUGCAAGAGAAUGUUGAUUUCAGUAGACCGCACUUUCAAACAAGAUACCUUGAUAUUCCCCAGCGCAGGAUCUUAUGAACUUUUCAAACAAUUGAGCAAAGGCAGAAAGGAAAACGAUACUUUCAGAAGCGGCAAUUUAGGCUCGAGCGAUCCAUCAUCCACGAUAAAGAUUGAUGGUGAUCAUAUUAUACCGGUACAUUUUAAAGCUAAAGGGCAAGGCUUGCCGCUUUUGAAAAUGCAGAGCCCACACAUGUCUUUGGUUCGUAAAAGUGGACCCCAACUUGUUUUCAAAAAAUUCAAGGAGGAUACUGCACUACCUUCUUAUGCCGGUGAUGAUACCGAUUUCGAGACUUUUGAUUAUUGUUUUGUUUAUGUCAAAUCUUUCACAAACUAUCAACGAUAUAUUCUUGAAUUUUUUCCCAAUACUUCAUCUUGUUUCAAGAUUGUCAUAUUUCAAGCAACAUUCAAGCCAUUCGCCGACUUUAUCUACAAAGGAACUCGUUUCCGAGUUAUAGGAACUUCAGCCGCUAAUGGGUUCCACAAUCGGUAUAAUCAACAGAUGGGAUUACUUGUGAUUGAUGACGAUGAGCCAUCACUAUGUGAUUGGAUUAUCAAUGAGAAGAUAAAGCUGCGAAAGUUGAGUUUUUUAAAUUUGAGGAAAUCAAGUCUGGAGGAGACGUCGGCUUUGGAAUUCGAUAUCAAUAAUGCUGUGACGUAUUUAAAUCCAGUGCCCAAAACUGAACAAUUUGUCAAGGUUUUGAAAUUAUGUUGCGCUCAUCGCCUUUCUUUUAUUCCAAAGAACUUGCUGCCGUUUGGAGGCCUAACUGAGAUGGCUGCUUUUGAAUCUUCUUUUGGUCCUGUACCCAAGAAGGCAAAAGACUUUGGAACUGUUCUGAUUUAUCAAGAUUCGGAGACAAUUUCUGUAAACACAAACACAGGCACAGCUACAGGAGCACUGAGUGCAGAUUUACCUGUUGAAAAAUCGUUCUUGGAUAGUACAUUGUCUGUCGAUGAAGACACGAUAGUCCUUGCGAUAGUUUUAAACACGUUGAGAGAGUUUGUGGUUAACAGUUCCAGAUGGAACAGUAAAGCGUCAUUGAGAAAUUCAAGUACUGGAAUGAAUCUUGGAUACUAUGAACUGUUUGGGCCAAUCUAG